UCAAGCCCAGUUUUACACCACCCAGCGGAUGAAGGCGAGGCAGUUAGCAACUAGACUUCCCAGUGAACUGGUGAACUUAGUGGUCGGUGGGGUGACUAGGCGUCUAACAACACGUGUCUUCAUAUUAAACUGCAAAAGACAAGAUGGAUGAGUUAAUGGUGCUAGACAACUUCAUCGCUGGGACAAUGGUUCCAUGUAAGCGCCUGUUAGACUCCUACAACCCCAGCACUGGUAAGGUUUGGGCAAAGGUGCCAGACUCGGGCAAGCUGGAGAUAGAAGCUGCUGUGUCUGCAGCCAAGAGAGCAUACCCAAAUUGGUCGAGCAUGUCUGCCCAGAGACGAGCUAACUACCUCUUGAAAGUAGCUGACCUUCUUGAGUCAAGGCUGGAAGAGUUUGCUGUGGCAGAGUCCCAGGACCAGGGCAAGCCUGUGUGGCUGGCCAGAACCAUGGACAUGCCCAGGGCAGUCCUCAACCUCAGACACUUUGCUCAUACCAUUCCACACCAGCUCAACACGUCAAGUGUGCAGCCUGAAGCUGGUGUUUUCAAUUACACGAUAAGAGAACCAGUAGGUGUUGCUGGUCUUAUCAGUCCUUGGAAUCUGCCAUUGUAUCUCCUGACCUUCAAGCUUGGCCCAGCCCUAAUGUGUGGCAACACUGUUGUUGCUAAGCCAUCAGAAAUGACUUCUGUUACUGCUUACAUGUUCUGCAAAAUUCUUCAGGAUGUUGAUUUCCCAGCUGGUGUGGUGAAUAUGGUGUUUGGUUUGGGUCCCUCAGCUGGUGAGGCCCUAGUGACCCAUCCUGAUGUGCCUCUGGUGUCCUUCACUGGUUCCACAGUCACUGGCAGACACAUUGCUCAAGCUACUGCUCCUAUGUUCAAGAAAUUAUCACUAGAGAUGGGUGGCAAAAAUGCUGCUGUCGUGUUCAGUGACUGUGAUUUGGAGUCUUGUAUAAAUUCUCUUAAGCGGGGCUCCUUCAUUAAUCAAGGACAGGUGUGUUUAUGUACUUCAAGGAUAUUUGUACAGCGAUCACUUUAUGAAGAGUUUUUAGAGAAGUUUGUGGCUGUGACCAAGGAGCUGCGGGUAGGAAAUCCAUCAGAUGAGAGUGUGUUCAUGGGGGCACUCAACUCUAAACCUCACCUUGAGAAAGUUCGCUGCUAUGUUAAGUAUGCCAUAGAGGAUGGUGGCACAAUAGUGUGUGGGGAGACCAUUGAUAGCUGUGUUCUCUCAGAGGAAAACAAGAAUGGAUAUUUCAUGAGGCCAACUAUUAUCACUGGAUUGAGUGAUGACUCCCGCUGUAUGCAAGAAGAGAUCUUUGGUCCAGUAACAUGUGUUGUUCCCUUUGACACUGAGGAAGAAGUGAUUACUCGUGCCAACAACACAUCGUUUGGCUUGUGUGCAUCAGUGUGGACCUCCAACUUAGGACUGGCGCAUCGUAUGGCUCAUAAGCUGAAGGUGGGGACUGUAUGGACCAACUGCUGGGUUAUACGAGAUAUUGAUAUGCCUUUUGGAGGAGUCAAAGGCAGUGGGAUAGGUCGUGAAGGCACGGUCGACUCCAUGGAGUUCUACACGGAGGUCAAGACAAUCUGCACUAAAAUAUCUUAAGGAGGUGAUAACAGAAUUGUACUUGGUGUGCAUAUGUAGAAAUUGUCAUCACACUUACUAGAAUGACACUAUGUAGAUUGUAGAGUAAGGUAGUUAAAUGGUGAAGAGUCUGUAAUACAACAGUGAUGGGAUUGAUGAAUAUAAUAACUAUGUUGAUUGUUGUCAUUAAUAAUUGUAGUAGAUAAGAGAUAUAUUGCCACUGCUUAUUCUUGUACUGUAGGGGGUGUCCACUUGAAAGCUAUACAGUACAACUUUGAAUCCUGGCGUGUCCUCAUUUUCAGCUUCUUGAUUUUGGGGUUGCUCAGCUACCUGCAGUCACCUGGAACACACACACACCAAAAAAUUUGAUGUAAUAAACUUUUAAUGUUGCUUAACAAUAUGCAAAAACCUGCACAAAAUUAUACAAUCCCUUUUGGAAGUUAUGCUUGUUCAGAGUUAUCAAGGGUUCAUGUGGACACCCUGUAUUGUUCCUUAGUGGUGGCUUGAGAAAAUAUUAGUAGAAAAAAGUUGAAAUUAACUCAUUUUAAAAGGAAUUAGUGGUGAAUUUAAAUGUUGUGUUUUGUCAAGCUGUUCUAUGUUUGAACAGUACUGAUAAGUAGGAAAAAAAAUUAUGUAUAUCUUACACUGUGGAGCAUAUUGGUAAUGAGUUAGUUAAUGAUAGUCUUAGAUUUUAUUAUGUUUGGUGAUGGGUCAGUUCCGUGCCUGGGAAUUUUAUUUUGUGUAAAUUGAGAGCUAAUGAUUUCUUUAUAUUUGAAGUCACAAUAAUAUGGUUUCUUAAAGUCAUGUAGUAUAUAGUUAAAGCAUAUGCAAUAAUUAAAAAUGCCUGCUUUAGUCUCUAUAAUUAAUUGUCACACUUAUUAUUCCAUUUUGUGGUGGAUGUGGACAUAGUACAGGAAUAACAUUUUUUUAUUUGAGGAUUGGAUCUCAAAUUACAGAACUUUAUACUGUAUUUGGUGGUGUUACAGGAUAUUGUAAAAAUCUGUUAUCAUAUACAACCUCAGAUAAUCCUUUACAAUACAAACAAAUGUGGAGAGA